AUGUCUCCCGCCGGCAGCCGCUGGCCCGUUUGCCUGCUGCUGAUCGCCUGCCUGGUGCCCGGCCCUUCCCUGAGCCAAGAGUGCUCCGCCGAGAAAAUGGCAAAUGCCAUCGUGGAUAUAAACUUAUCUCUGCCCAAAGGCAUCAGGGGCGCCGAGCCAGCGUACGCCCCAACCCCAGAGGCUUGUGUCCGCGCUUGCUGCUCGGGGGAAGAGCUGUCAGGAGGCAAGAAGUGUAAUUUGAUGAUUUUUGAUGCUCAGAGGACAAGCGCACAUCCCAACUGCUACCUGUUUUACUGCCCUAGCACAGAGGCUUGUCCAAUGAAACCUGCGACAGGAUUUGUGAGCUACAAGAUAACUAGAGACACCCAUGACCUGGAGGAGACAUCCUUCAAAAGUGAGGAGUUUUCUUCAAAUGGAAAUUCUUUGUCUUCAGAUGCUGGAGCCUUUAUUUCUCGCAGUCAGACUAGCCGACAGAAUCGUACCGUUGCUUUGCAACAAUCUGUCUUUCAUCAGGCAUCUGAACCUCAGAAUCACGUGGCCAAGCAUUUAGACAACACCGAAUUUCAUGCAGUUUUUCCUGAAUUUCAAAGGGCAAAACAUCUUGAGAGCUUAGACCCCAUCCCGACGCAGAAAGUAAUUAACCGGCUGUUAAACACGUCUUCUGCUCCUCGAAUUGGAAAGCCCUCUACUUUGUUCCCCACCACUCAGUCUAGUGUUCCUGAACGCAGCAGUACUACUCUUACUCCCCUGCCUACAAGUACCACCCAACUGGAAUCUCGUACAACCUCUCUGCAUCCUAGUGGUGCUAAACCUACUGCUGUCACCACCACCACCGCUACCUUUCCGCCUACUGCGACCGCUAGAGCUAAACCUGGUACCCCUGCCGCCAGCAUCGCUGUCACUCAUGUUCCUCUUUCCAGUCCCACAACUUCUGCUUCUACUUCUACAACCAAGCAGGUGACCACGAAUUCCAGAUCUGCUACUGCUCCAUCAGGGCUAAGAACUCCAGCCAUCCCUCCCGAGCCAACAGUUGUCUCUUCCAACGAUACCAGCCAUGUUACCCUCCUCCCUUUUUCAGGCUUCACUCUGUCUACGGCUUCCCGAAACAACCCUCAGGGUUAUGACCCAUCUGAUUCAGAAAGCUACCUGCCAGAGAGCGUUCUGAGAGGGAAAGGUAUCAUUCAGCUGGGAGAAAAAAGCAGCCUUGUAGCAGCUUUGCUUUUUGGGGUGAUAUUCUUUUUACUAGUUAUUACACUGACGGGGAAGAGAAUACACGAAUCUCUUCAGAAGAGACAUUAUACCAGGUUGGAUUACUUGAUCAAUGGAAUGUACGCUGAUGUGUGA